GGAUCCAGCAGUUUUCAAAGUAUCACCACGACACCACAAACAAAUUAAUCGAGCCUGCAAGAUGAGUUUGGGAAGAGAAAUGACAAAGGAAGAAAUAAUUGAUGUUCUGGUAGGUUCCGACACCUAAGAUCAUUUUUUCCCUCAGAUUCUGAAGCUUUUGUACAAACGAAGUCCUUUAAUUAAAUAAAUUACGAAAAUCUACUUUAGAAAGGCAAAGAAAAAAAGGGGUUUUAAUUAUCCCGGAAUAGUGCAUUCCAUCCGAACGUUUUGAGGUUUACGUAUCGGAACCGUAAUUUCCCGCAUUUUUCGAUCUUCUGCUUGUGGUGUCGAGCGUGCGAGGAAACCUGCGAGUGGUCGAGUUGGAAGAAUUAACAAUACUUAUGGUUAAGACAGAAAGGAAAAAUAACGGAAGUAAUGGCACUGCACAUAAAUAAGCAGAUGACAUCCAGUAGACUUACAGAAGGAAAAGAUGAGAGAACAAAAUCAUCAUAUCGUGGAAAUAUCAGGAAGCCCAAGAAAUUAUUGUCAGAUAGAUUUGGGUCAAUCUCUAAUAUCACUACAGAAUUGGGAAAUCGUGAAGGAGACCCUUGUGGGACCGGUGUCUACCCUCUGACCCAAGAACUCAUGGACUUUGAGAAGGGAAUCCUGAAGAGAAAGUAUGACAACUUAAAAGUGAGUGUGAAGUUGGAAGGAAAAGAUCACUGUUUGAUUGCACCAGGUUUUACACACAAGAAGCUCACAUCCAAUUCCCCAUUUUGUGGGAUAAACGAUCAUGGUUUAGCUUUAAAAAACAAUGAAAGAUCCAAAAUAGAGAACAGUCUAAAUGAGUCAUCAAGAAAAUUUGGGAAACAUGAUAGAAAUUUAGCUGGGGAUAAUGGUCUGUUUAAUCAGGGUUCUACCAGGGCAGGAAAAUGUGAUGAAACCAUUGGAAGGAAGGGAUCCUACAACAAUGUUGCAAACAACUCUGUUCCAUUGACUAAUGCAAAGUUAGUCAACAAUACAUCUGAAGCUCCAAAAAGACCAUUUUUCUAUGCUGAACAGAACAGUGUUCCACCAAAAAAGAGAUUCACCAUUGAUCAUGAGUUGCGACAAAAUUCACAUGCAGAACACAAGAACAAAGAAGAUGCAGUAACAAAUAAACCCAGUGGUUAUCACGGUAGUUUGCAGCAAGGAGAAUCCACACCUUCAUCCAUUGCAUCAGAACAUAAUGGUUCUGACACUUUAAUGCUCUUUGAGGGAAGAACCCUGUUGAAGGGUGGUGUGAAACCUCGCCACAUUCCCAAAACUGUUGUGGAAAGAGAUGAUAAGGAGCUUCCAACUGAUCCACGACUCCAAAGACCAGAUUAUUGCAUGCUUAAUCAUAUUAUGGAAUAUAAAGUACUGUUGUGGCACAAAGAUUGGCUUUUUGAUUACACAAAAAAGUUGCUAGAGGCCAGGAAGUCAAAUCAAAUGAAGAGAGAACAGGAAAGAUUGAAUGUUUGUGCGAUGAAAGAUACAAGCAAUGAGCAUACUGAGAAUAAAAAUGUUGUGGAAUUAAAGGACACCACACGUAUGAAUAAAGAACAACAUGAUACAAAAAAUAGCUCCAGCUUGAUUUUGGAAAGUAAAAAUGUGGACACUUUGAAGUCUGUUUCACCCAAUCUUGUCGAAAAUGUACGAAACAGAUGUGUUGGAGCCGUGCAGUGUUUUGAAUAUGAACAUUCACGUAGGAAAAAGGAAGUUGUACCAAAUGUCUAUGAUCCGCGUCUUAAAAACAGAUCUCAAAAGCAAAUGGAGACCAGUGAAAGUCAUGGCAGAGUAAAUACAUUCAAAUUAUCAGCAUCGAGAAAGAAUAGUGAGAAAAAAGACAUAAAAUUCCACAAGUAUGAUGCAAAGCACAAGUUUCAGAAGAAAAAAUCACCGGAUGGAAUCCAACUUUCCCGUGGCAAGACUGGAGCGGUGUUAAGAGAGGAUAGCAGGUGCAACUCCCCAAGUUUCAAUGCAGUUGACAAAGAAUUCAAAACAUUAUCAACAAACUCUAUGCACUCAAACUAUUACAACAAAAAUCUGUCUCCAAUUUAUCAAGAUACACAGAAUUAUAACAGUUACCAAAGGCAUUUGCCUAAAACCUGCAGAGGCAGUACUGAUGUGAACCCUAUAGGAAAAGACAGAAGUCAGGACAUUUAUCCCCAGUUUUGUCAGGAUAACUGGUACUGAAAAAUCUGAGACACAGGAAGGUUCUUAUAGACCUUGACAAUAUGUUGUUUAUAUUUAUUUUGAUCAAGAAAUCCAUGGUUGUAACAUAUUUUUGAAAAUUAUGAAAAGAUCAUGUACAUACAAGUUUGUACUUUGCUAGUUAUACAAUGUGUAUCUUUAAAAUCUUUUAUCCUGGUGAUUAUGUAAGCAUCUAAAUUACAAAAUAUAUGUCCUAUAGUAUAAAGCACGAAAUACCUGUGCAAGAUAUUUGUAAAUUGGAAUGAAACCAAGACAGUGAAUAUGAAGUUGAAGGGGGGGGGGGUCUAUCUUGACAAACACAAAUUUAUCCUGUUGGCCUUGGUCAAGUAUUUUAUUUCCCAAAUAUUUGAUUUAUUAUCUGUAUUUUUCAAAAAUCUUUGGUAUUGUAUUUAUUAUUCAAAUGUACUUAAUCCAUAAUUAAACAUAUGCAUCAUUGAUAUUACUAAGCAUCAUGUUUUCUAUUACAUUGGCAAUGUAUAAAACAUUUGACAACAAUUUUUAGAAUUAUCAUUAUAUUAACUCAUUCAGUAUUCCUUGAACAUUGGUAACAAUGAAUCAGUCUUGGUAGAAUUACACAUCCUAGACACUUGUAAAAAUAAUUGUAUUUCUGGGUAAAUAUAAGAUUCAACUUAAAAUAUGAAAAUAAUAUUGUUUAAAAUUUUAUAGAAAACCAGAGAGGUGUCUUAUUUUUAAGAUUGUUAAUCAUUAAUGUUUUAGUACUGUAUGUAGUUAAAAUAUUGAAAUUCAAGACAUAUCCUUUACAUAUAUUCUUUUCUAAAUGAGCAUGAUUUUAUUUUGUUCUUGUAUAUGUCUUCAUUCUUUUGAAUUCUCAUUUGCGGGGACCAAUAUGUAUAGAGGAUUCUGAGCUGUGUAGAAUUUUGGUAAAAUUCUGUGAUAAGAAUUAUUGAAGUCUGUUUUAUCAUUUGUGUAGAUAUAGUAGUAUAAAAGAUAUGUUUUCUGUAUGUUACAUUUUUUAAAAGUCUUAAGCAGUUUAUUAAUGCUAUUGAAAUUUGCUAUGUUUUAGAAGCCAACAGGUUGCGAGAAAUUGUUUCUGUAAAAUGUGUUUUUAUGACAACAUGAAUGUACGGUUCUGUUUAUGGUUAUUUUAUGUUUGCCUUGAGGAGCUUGAGCUUCUUCACAGAGAAUCCUGUAGUGUUAGAUGCUUGGAAUUUGUUAUGUUUACAAAGUGUAAUAAACCUAUGGUGCUAAA